AUGGUUCAAGCUACCUCUCUCCCCAGCUGGGCGUCGCUCGACGACCACUACCGGAGCACCGGCAAGACCUUUGUCCUCAAGGAGGCCUUUGCUUCCGACCCGGACCGCUUCAGCAAGCUCAGCAAGACCUUCUCCGUCAACGGCACAGACGUCCUCUUUGACUUCAGCAAGAACCUCGUCACCGAGGAGACCAUCGACCUGCUCGUCAAGCUCGCCACCGAGGCCGGCCUGGAGAAGAAGCGCGAUGCCAUGUUCAAUGGCGAGAAGAUCAACUUCACCGAGCAGCGUGCCGUCUACCACCCCGCCCUCCGCAACGUCGGCGGCUGGGAGAUGAAGGUUGACGGCCAGGACGUCAUGAACGUCAAGGGCGGCGUCAACGAUGUCCUCAACCACAUGAAGGAGUUCUCCGAGCAGGUCCGCUCUGGCGAGUGGAAAGGCUUCACGGGCAAGAAGCUGACCAACAUCAUCAACAUCGGCAUUGGUGGUUCUGAUCUCGGCCCUGUCAUGGUUACCGAGGCUCUCAAGUACUACGGCGCCGAGGACAUGACUCUGCACUUCGUCUCCAACAUCGACGGCACCCACAUCAGCGAGGCUCUCAAGGCCUCGGACCCCGAGACCACCCUCUUCCUUGUCGCCUCCAAGACUUUCACAACCGCCGAGACCACCACCAACGCCAACACGGCCAAAACGUGGUUCCUGGAGAAGACUGGCGGCAAGGGCGAGAUUGCCAAGCACUUCGUCGCUCUGUCCACCAACGAGGCCGAGGUCACCAAGUUCGGUAUCGACAGCAAGAACAUGUUCGGCUUUGAGAGCUGGGUUGGUGGCCGCUACUCCGUCUGGAGUGCUAUUGGCCUGAGUGUUGCCCUCUACAUUGGCUUCGACAACUUCCACAAGUUCCUGAGCGGUGCUCACGCCAUGGACAAGCACUUCCGUGAGACUCCUCUCAAGGACAACAUUCCCGUCCUUGCUGGUCUCCUCAGUGUCUGGUACAGCGACUUCUUUGGUGCCCAGACUCACCUUGUUGCUCCCUUCGACCAAUACCUGCACCGCUUCCCGGCUUACCUCCAGCAACUUUCCAUGGAGUCGAACGGCAAGACCAUCACAUCGGAUGGCUCACCAGCCAAGUACACGACCGGCCCGAUCCUCUUCGGCGAGCCCUGCACCAAUGCUCAGCACUCUUUCUUCCAGCUUGUCCACCAAGGCACGAAGCUCAUCCCCACUGACUUCAUCCUCGCUGCCAAGUCGCACAACCCCAUCUCCGACAACCUGCACCAGAAGAUGCUGGCGUCCAACUACCUUGCCCAGGCUGAGGCUCUCAUGAUUGGAAAGACUGCCGACCAGGUCCGCGCUGAGGGUACACCCGAGGAGCUGGUUCCCCACAAGGUCUUCCUUGGCAACCGCCCUACCACAAGUAUCCUUGUUGGCGGCACCAUUGGCCCUGCCGAGCUCGGUGCCUUGAUCGUCUACUACGAGCACCUCACCUUCACAGAGGCUGCCAUCUGGGAUAUCAACGCGUUCGACCAGUGGGGUGUCGAGCUUGGCAAGGUGCUCGCCAAGAAGAUUCUGUCCGAACUCGAUAGUGCAGAUGCGGGCAAGCACGAUUCCAGCACUGGCAGUCUGAUCAGUGCUUUCAAGAAGUAUGCCGCCUGA